GAUGGAGACUGCCAAAGAUCCUUCACACCCUCAACAAAACGAGAGACGAGAGUUUACCGUCCGCGCCGAUGUUACCCGACACAACUUUUGGAUACACCAUCUCCCCUACCGGGAUGGCCCUGGAUAAUGAUACAUCUUUGAACAAAACAUGUCCAUCUAUUGACGACUUCCGCAACCAAGUGUAUUCCACUGCCUACUCCAUCAUCACCGUCUUUGGCCUGGUGGGGAACGGCUUCGCCCUGCUCGUCCUCCUGCGAACGUUCCGCCAGCGCUCGGCCUUCCACAUCUACAUGCUGAACCUGGCCGUGUCGGACAUACUGUGCGUGUGCGUGCUGCCCCUGCGCGUGGUCUACUACGUCAACAAGGGCCAGUGGAACUACGGCGACUUCCUGUGCCGCAUCAGCUCCUACACGCUCUACGUCAACCUCUACUGCAGCAUCUUCUUCAUGACGGCCAUGAGCUUCACGCGCUUCCUGGCCAUCGUCUUCCCCGUGCAGAACCUCAAGCUGGUGACGGAGCGCAAGGCGCGCGUCGUCUGCAUCUGCAUCUGGGUGUUCAUCUGCGCCACCAGCUCGCCGUUCCUCAUGCAGGGCGAGUACGUGGACGCCGCCACCAACAAGACCAAGUGCUUCGAGCCGCCGCAGCGCAAGGGCAAGAGCAGCAAGGGCGGCCUGGGCAAGCUGAUGGGGCUCAACUACUUCUCCCUGGUGGUGGGCUUCAUCCUCCCCUUCCUGGUGAUCAUGCUGUGCUACGCGGGCAUCACGCGGGCGCUGCUGGCGCGCACCAACGUCUCGCAGCAGAGGCAGCGCGCCACGCGCGUCAAGGCCAUCCGCAUGAUCGUCAUCGUCACGGUGACCUUCCUGGUCAGCUUCAUGCCGUACCACAUCCAGCGCACGCUGCACCUGCACUUCAUGAGCCGCAAGGACGCCAGCUGCGACGAGAUCAUCACCAUGCAGAAGUCCGUGGUCGUCACCCUCUGCCUGGCCGCCUCCAACUCCUGCUUCGACCCGCUGCUCUACUUCUUCUCCGGGGAGAACUUCCGACGCCGCCUCUCCACCUUCCGCAGGCCGUCCGGCGGCGUCACCAGCGGCACGCGAAGGGCUAUUCCGUCCAACGUCCAGCAGCCGCUGGAGGAGGGCGACCAGCAGCUUUGCAACGGAACCAGCAAAGUUGCAUAAAACUGAAAAGAAGCCACAGAGGCAGCAUAGCAAGCGAGACAGUGAGAAGAGAACGAUUAGGAAAGAGAGAGAGAGGCAGAGUGGACGAGACUGGUAUCGAGGCUAACGAAGUAUGAUCUGUCUCGGAAGAGACGAAAGCAUGAGAAAGGGUCAUUACGACAGGCCAGUGUAACUACUGAAAGGCGAUAGACAGCUCUGGGGGAAAACCUCUGAAAGAAAGCAGAAAGAGGACCUCAAGAUAAGGCUUCUCUGACCACUGAAAGAUAUCUGACUGUUGCACUGUAACCACUUGGGUGAAGAUUGAAGAAGAUAUUUAAAGAUGAAGUUGGCAUGGGGUUAUGCAAGUCAUUGUAAAAGAGGAAGGGGAUGAGGGAGGAAGCGGAUUCCCUCCAGUUUUAUUAAGGCUUUUCUCAAAUAAGCCAUAUUCUUGCCUGUAACAAAUAAAUGCAAACAGUGCAAACUGCUGGUUGCUUUUACGCAUCAUAUCAGCAUCUGAGUUUAUUAUAACAGUUUGUGCAACAAGUGUACUGUAAUCUGUCAUAUUUAAACAUCCCAUAAUUGUGUAUUCUGUGAAUGUAUGUUUCUCCAAUACUGCCUUGUGUAAUUGAACAAGGUUUUGUUAAUGUAUUACUCUUAAUAUAUAAAGUAUAUAGUAACCUUUAAUAAUAUAUGUAAGAUAAAAAGGCGAUAUGUUAAAUGAACCACAUGACUCUUUUUCUAAUAACCACUUCCGUGCAUAUACUGUAACCAGUGCAAUCCAUUGUCAUAGCGAUGCUGUGGUCCAUUUGUGAGUAAUGUGCGGCUAAAUCAUAUCGAGAGCUUGUUUGAGUGCAGGCCAGGGUGUUUAGGAUGUAGUCAUUCUCCAGGGUCAAUACACAUAAGGAAGUUACGCAGACAACCCGAAACCUUCACGUCUUCACAUCGCGCACAUGGUAGCCUUACGCCAUCUACUGACGUAGCCUGAAGUUUUCCAGCAUGUCCUGUGUAAUGCCUGACUUCAUGUGUGGGCUGGGACAUUUAAGAUUUGAAAAUAGAUUAUGAUGAAUAAUGGCUUCCUGCUAAUUUAUUUUAAAACAAUUCCUAGGGUUAAGCUCUGAUACUGCCCACUGUCAGAAGUCACAUCCUGUUUUUUGUUAUGUUUUUAUACCGACUGUAUACCAUUUGUAAGUGCCCUGGCCAUGCAUAACAGCAUGUUAACUAUUGAGAGCUUGUGAGCCUUCAAACAAACUGUUUCCUAAUUGAACUCACUGUCAUCUGGAGCUGGAAUAAUGAUUGAUUCAUUGACAAAUCGAUAUUAAACAAAUGGUUGAA